CUCCCUAACCCGUCUGCCCUGGUCAGCGCCGCUUUGGCCGAAGCUACCACCUUGGCUACCGUAACCGCUCCAACCUUGAACCCCGAGCCGUCUCCCGCUGUCGAGAUUCGCGCCAACCUCGGCAGCACUUACGACAAACCCGAACGACCCUUCGAGCCAGGGCAUUUCCCCUUCGUAGAGGUCACGCCUUCCGACAGCCCGUCGACUUUGGGCAAGCGAUCGGCCGAGCCAUCUUCCGGCAAGAAAUCUCAAGGCCAGGUGCAUGAGCUGUGCCGCUUCCGAGUCAACAACGCCAAGGAUGCCCGACGCGUGUGGGAAGAGACUGGCGCAGGGGAAGUUCUUGACGACUUCGUCGAUUGGAUGAAUGGCAACAACGAGACCGGGUGGCUCUGGGAGUUCCAGGAUACUUUUUUGGGCAAUCCAAAUUACCUGAACUGUGACAACUUCGGUGGAAACACCUGCAGGAUCGACCACCAGAUGUGCAACAAGAUGGCCGAGAAAGGCCUGGCUGGCCAAUACUGGGUCUUGCGGGCUGUCGCCUCCAUGAACUCUCUUCUGGGUCAGUUGAAGGAUUCCUUGGAGAUCAACAAAAAGAAAUACUUCGACAUGGACAAGCUGGUGGCAUCCUUCGAGUCUGGUGACCAUAAGUAUCCUGCCAAAUACCCUCUCGACACCCUCGCCCAGACAUUUCGCAUUUCCAACAUGGCGGAAGCCCCAAUUGACACCUUCUCACACGCGGCACAGGAUGCUAUUGGCGUCGUUGAGUCGCUCAACCUCGCCUACAAGCUCGAUUUGGCCACAGAGGUUCUCGCGGGGGUGACCACCUCCCCGGCCUUCGUUUCUGAGAUCGAAAAUCGAGGCGAGAGCCGCGAGCUCGAUCAGCUUCUCAAGGACCUGGGCCAGCGUUACUCGGGGACCAUGGGAAGGCACCUGCAGAGACUGAUGUGGGCUGCCCUGGGCCACGAAGAAUGGACUGACCUGCCAGAGAACCUGCUGACGGAUACCUCUGCCUACAAGACUGACAUUGGCAAAUUGUUUGCCGACGGAAAGUGGCUCCCCGAGGACGUCUCGCUUGGCCUGCAGCCCUUCAUGGACCAGACCAUGCUGCUUGCGAGCCAGAAAUUCUUGCUCGACUUGAUCCGUUCCAGCGGAGGCAAUAUGCUUGUCGAUCCCCAGAACCUAAGGAGCUGGUGCGUGAAAGAAAUAGAAAAAAAAGGGUACAUCAGCCACAAGAUCAUGGAUUUUGGGUUCGGCAAGGAUGCCUGCGUCUUGUUCCAGCGGAAGAGGUAUUACCCCCUCAUUGUGGAUCAGGAGCCUGUCCUCGUCAACGACUUCCACAUGAACAUCGAAAAAGUGUACCGUUAUCUGUGGGACUGCGCCCAGGACUCCAACUACACGUUUCCGGAUCCCAUGGGGGUCAUGCCGGUCGGGGAGAUGAAGAGCAAUGGGUCACUGCCCCGUUGCUACCUUGCCAUGCAGGUUUUCAUGGGUAACCGGGUUAGCUGGGUCGCGCCCAGGAGGGACAACUUGCAAUACCUGGUGAACAACUAUACUUCCAGGGCCCUCAUCGAAAGAGAACGAAUGUUCAGUAACGGUACGUGGCAAACGUAUUUUGUUGAUCUUAUGUUUAAUGAUCUUCCUCGCUGGAUUCAUGGACGAGGC